AUGCUCAGCAAAACUUUCACCUCGUUCACUCGUCAAUUUUCAUCUGCUCCCGUGUGGAAACAGGUUUCGUUGACGUUCUUCACGAAAGAAACCUGUCUGUUGUGUAAAAACGCAGAUGCCAUUCUCAACCAGGUACUCGCGGAAGGUGACUUGAAGAACACAAAGCUCCAGAAGGUCGAUAUCAUGGACCCCAGCAACUCUGCUGCCUUUGACAAGUACUGUUACGAUGUCCCAGUGUUACAUGUGGAUCGUCCAGGGCAGGCAAAACCGGUCAAGUUCAUGCACUAUUUCGAUGCAGAAAAAAUUGCGCAGGAGCUCCGUAGAGCAGCUUAG